AUGCGUGGGACAAAGAAAUACAGGCAUGUUAUUGAGACGCCAGAUUCCGGCAAGUGGGAGCUGGCGGGGUACGAGGCAACUCUGCCCGUCAGUGAGAAGUCAAACCCCAUCACCAGGGAGCUGGAUAAGGCUGACCCUGUGCAGAUUGUCCAGCUUCUGAAGGAAUGUGACGCAGAGAUAUUCCAGGAGGAGGACGAAGCUCUGCUCAACUAUACUAGACUGUACAGUGAGUCAGUGCUGAAGACCAUGAUCAACAUUAUCAAUAAAGUGCAGGAAGUCCUGAAGGACCCAGACAACACCCUUAUCGUGCUGAGCGGCGGGGGCACCUCGGGCAGGCUGGCCUUCCUCAUUGCUGUUUCCUUUAACAAGCUGUUGAAGGGUCUAGGUCAGCUGCCCCGUUACACAUACAUCAUUGCUGGGGGAGACAGAUCCCUAGUGAUGUCCCAGGAGGGACUGGAGGACUGUGCCCUGCUGGGGAUCGAGGAGCUGAGCAAGGUUUCUGAGGGGAAGAAAAAAGUAGUCUUCAUUGGAAUUUCAUGUGGUUUUUCUGCCUCUUUUGUGGCUGGACAGCUGGACUUUUGCAUGAAUAACCUGGACAUCUUCCUGCCGGUCCUGGUGGGAUUCAACCCCGUCAGCAUGGCCAGGAAUGAUAAGAUCGAGGGCUGGCACUCUACCUUCCGCCAGGUGGCUGAGCGGAUGCAGAAGCUGCAGGAGUCACACAAAGCCUUUAUCCUUAAUCCUGCUGUGGGGCCUGAAGGCAUCAGUGGCUCCUCACGGAUGAAGGGCGGGAGUGCCACCAAGAUCCUGCUAGAGACCCUGUUGCUUGCAGCACACAAGACAGUCUCGAAGGACACUGACAUCUCAGAGAAGUGCCUCCUGGAAAUCCUGAGGACAUAUGAACGUGCUCACAAAGUCACCUAUGCUCAGAGCAAAAAGAUUGCUGCCUUGGUGAAGCAAGCAGGCACCAGCUUGCAGAAGAAGGCCUGUGUGUACAUGGUGGGCUGGCACACGCUGGGCAUCAUUGCCAUCAUGGACGGUGCCGAGUGCAUCCCAACGUUUGGGGCAGACUAUAAUGACGUGCGAGGCUUCCUGAUUGGGGAUUACAGUGAGAUGUUCAACAAGGAGGCAGAUCUGAUAGCACAGGGCCCGCAGUUCGCCUUCUCUCAGGAGGACUUUGUGAAGAUGAUUCUCCCAUCACUGACUGAGCUUGAUACUGUUCUCUUCCUCUUCACGCUGGAUGAUGACCUCGCAGAGGUGGAGAAGCUUGUGGUUCAGGUGAAGGAGAAGACAUCAAAUGUCCAAGCACUUUCUCAUGCCACUGUUGGGCAGUACCUUCCGGCCUCCCUCAAGAAGCUGUUUCCUUCCAUCAUGAGCAUCAUGUGGCCCAUCCUGUUCCUGGAGUAUGAGGGGAAUUUUAUCCAGAAGUUCCAGAGGGAGCUCAGCACCAAGUGGAUCCUCAACACAGUCAGCACCGGGGCCCAUGUCCUCAAGGGCAAAAUUCUUCACAACUACAUGGUGGACCUGAGAAUCAGCAACUCCAAGCUCUUCUGGAGGGCAGUGUCCAUCCUGCAGCGGUUCACGGGGCACUCCCAGGCCAGGUGCCUGGAGGGCCUGCUGCAGACCAUAUACGACCCUGAGGUGCUCUCAGAUGACAUUCGCAAUGCAGAGCUCUCCAAACAUAUUGCAAUAGCAACGGAGAAGAACAAGGUUGUCCCCACAGCCCUUCUGUGCCUGCUGCGGAACUGCUCAGUGCAAGAGGCCCAGCUGCGGCUUGACACCUCCCCGUCCAUCCGAGCAGCCAUUGAGUCCUCACUGAAUGCUCCGGGGCGCAAACGGGGUGCAGACAAAUCCGACUCCACAGGCAGGAGCAUGUAG